CAAAGCAUAGCGACCGUGAUAGGUUUCCAAAAGCACGCAGCAAGAUGCCGUCGGCUUCAGAUGUGGCUUUGAAGAGAGUCUCUACAGCUCGGCGUGACUCCUCGCUUCAGAGAAAAAAAUCCUCUGAGUCUCGGGAGUCUGUGACUCCAGACCAGGUUGGAACGAGGGAGUCGCGGAAGAUUUCUCCACGGAAGGGUCGCCGACCCGACAGACGUAACAGGCCAAAAACCAACCAUGAGCGACACAAGCAUCGAGAAGCCAGGACUUCUUCCCGCAGUCGCUCCCCAAGAGCCAAACGGCAAGCGUCUUCCAAUGGUCCUCGAAGGUCCAAGGCAUGGCAUGAGCUGUGGGGUUUCGACGUGGGCAAGUAUGGCGGGAAUUUUAAAGGUGCCGCGAUUGAUUUCUUCAAGCGCGCGCUUCAUUUUGAACCUGGCGAUCCUCCAUUUGGGACCUAUGAUACAGUGAAGCACGAGAAGGAUAACUUUCAGUGCACACUGCGACUCAGUGAAAAAGCUAGAGACGCCGUGCGUUUGACGAAAAUGGAGUACAAAGGCGAAGUGGGUGGUACGAAAUUAGAAGCAGAGACAUUAGCCGCCCGUGUAUUUUGGGAUGAUCCUCUUGUAAAGGAGAAAGCUGCAAAGCUGCCCCCUGGGAUCAAUAUUCAGAAGCGGAAGAAAACCCGUGCAGAAUAUCUUAAAAGGCGCAACGCCGAACGCAAACGCAAUAGGCGACAGCAAUGACUCACACGUGCAUAGAAAAGGCUCAAAGCAGGGCAGCGUGCCGCAAGGCACUAUUUUCGCAUUGAUUGUUCAAUGGGGUCUACCCCUUGAGCACAUGAAUCUGAAAAGGACAUCUAUACGACACUUCCCCGCUUCCAUGAGCGGCAAAAACCAGAUGUGAUCCAUGUGCCUUGCGUCGCAGGUGGAAAAGCCAGAGGCACUUGCGUCAGAGGUGCAUGAUCCGAUGGUGGAGACAGGAGUGCCAAAGGAGGCAGAGGAUGAUGAGGGGCUAUGGGAAAAGGCCAAGUUUGGUCUGUUCACUUUUCCGAAUGUGAUCAAUUGGAUCAGCCUGGCUGCCUUUUUUUGGUGACAGCGGCCAUACCAGGGUUCGGCUAUAGAGUGGAUUUUUAGGAAUCCAUCAAGAGCAGCCUCAGAAGCGAUUUUGCAGACAAACAUUU